UUGAGUAACUGUGUGCCUCUGUGCUGCGCCCAACCAGAGGGGAGAGUGCUGGAUCCCAGGCAGCUGGCUGUUCCUCAGGAUGAUUUCUGGAAAAAUAAUUAAGCUCGUGGUUUUUGAGCUUCUUGAGUUUGCUGCUUUCUCCAUCCCCACACUUGUGAUUAUGGAACAGUUUGCCACUGCCUACCACAGGGCAAGGAAUCUACCCGAGAGAACACAUUAUUGGCUGAUCGUCUCCUGCUCUGUUGCCUAUGUGGCUGUAGUGACUCUGUUGAUCUGGGUUCCUAUAAAAGUUCUUUUAUACAGGAAACGUCAUCUUUACAAAAAAAUUACUGGAUGGAGACCUGUUCUGAUGAUGUGUGUAAUACUCACCACACUUCCCAGCUUCAGCUUUUCCAUAGCAGUAACUGAGGUGCAGAGGAACAACAACGGGUCCAUUGAUUUACUGCCUGAUUCCCUCCCGGACCUGCCCGUGUCUCUGGUUCUGCUCUCCUUGAUCGUGGUUGACAUUCUGGAAAAACUCAGGAUGUAUCCUCUUAGAGGGAGGGAAAAGAGUAACGAAGACGGGCACAUCCACGUGGCCUCUUUGCAACAAAUGAAAACCGUGACAGAGCAAGUGGGACAGGAUGGGGGAAGCCUUGCCCUUUCCCAGGUGGCCAAGGCCCCGGGGACGUCGCAGCCACAGCUGCCCAGCCAUGUCCCCGUGGGACCCCAGGAGCCCUCCUUCGACUCUGGAAUCCUGAGGAUGAUGUCGCGGAGAGAUGUCCGGGCGGAGAUAUUCCUGUGGAGCUUCCUGAGGAGCUUCCUAUAUUGACCUUGAACUUGUGAU